AUGGCCCAAUGUAAUGCUCUUGAUUCAACUUACAGAGCUUUCAUGAAGAAUAAACUACAUCUAUUACAAAGUACUCUGUCAUCUGUGUUCCACUCUAAUUACUUUUACAACCUCAUGAAUCUGCAUCAUCUUCUUCUCGCUGCACAUAGUGAAGCCCUACACUUCUCUCUUAAUGAUCGCAAUCUACUUGGAGAGUCUACAAGAUUGUGUAUUAGACAACUCCAACAAAACAAAUGGUUACAUAUUUCUCCUUUGAUCAUAUGGCUAUAUCUGUCGCAUAAAUCAAAUGAUUGG